CACUUUCAGAGUGCAGACUCUGCAGUGGCUUCUCUCUUUCUUUCUCUCUUUCUUUCGCCGGAAAUAUGGCAACGACGGCUCAGCUCCGCUAUUCUCCAUUCCCCAACCAUCACAGAAUUGCCGGAAAACGUCACUUUCCCGGUGAAGCUUCGUUCUUUCCGUCUAUAUCUGUCCCAUUUCACUCCGCAACCACCUCAGCAAACCUCUCCCUCACUCCCCUCCAGCCCAGAGCUUCAAGCGACGGCGGAAAUUAUGGUGGUGGAAUUGGCCGCGGUACGGGUGGUGGCGGUAGUGGUGGGGGUUGGAGUUCCGGCGGAAGCAAAGAUGGAGAUUCCAGCCGCGAUCCGGGGUUCGGAAUUCUUGGGCUGUUCUUGAAUGGGUGGAGAUCUAGGGUUGCUGCAGAUCCGCAGUUUCCCUUCAAAGUUUUAAUGGAGGAGUUAGUUGGUGUUAGUUCUUGCGUUCUUGGAGACAUGGCCUCUCGGCCCAAUUUCGGUCUUAAUGAACUUGAUUUCGUGUUCUCCACUCUCGUUGUUGGAUCGAUUCUCAAUUUUGUUCUCAUGUAUCUGUUAGCACCUACGAUGUCAUCUUCUUCAUCUACUCUCCCUGCGAUCUUCGCGAAUUGCCCACAGAGCCACAUGUUUGAGCCUGGAGCUUAUGGUCUUCUCGAUCGGUUUGGGACCUUUGUUUAUAAAGGAACAGUUUUUGCCGCUGUAGGGUUCGCAGCUGGACUCGUUGGGACGGCGAUUUCUACUGGGUUGAUUACGUUGAGGAAGAAGAUGGAUCCGAGCUUUGAGACGCCGAAUAAGCCUCCGCCAACGUUGUUGAAUGCUCUUACUUGGGCGCUUCAUAUGGGUUUGAGCAGUAAUUUUAGGUACCAAGUAUUGAAUGGGAUCGAGUUUGUGCUUGCGAAAGGGCUGCCUCCUGUAGCUUUUAAGAGUUCAGUGGUGGUUUUGAGGGGUUUGAAUAAUGUUCUUGGUGGAGUUUCGUUUGUAGUGUUGGCGAGGUUGACUGGAGCACAGAAGAGCGGAAAGACUGUGGUUGCUGUGCCGGAGACGGGUUCGGCUGAGGAGAAGGUGAAGUUGUUAGAGGGGGGUGAGGAUUUGCAAAGCAGCGAAUCCACUUGUAAGUGAUUAGUUCAUCUUCAUGGAUUUUCCCUCUAAAGAUAACGAUAGGGUUUCCUUCUUUCUUUUUUUCCUUUCAAUGUAGUAGGGAAACAUAGCACUUAUUUAGAUUAGGUUUUCAUUGAGGGAUGGGUUCUGAUGGGUGCCUCUGUUUUUGUGUAAUUUGAAGUUACACGCUUUAUGAAAAAUAACGUCUCUAGUUGAUGAUGAGUGAAUUUUUUUUCUUCCCUUUCUGGGCCCUAAUUUCCUUCUCUGUGAGCUGAUGGAUUAAUCUAUUUCCAUACUUCUGUUUAUGAAUGAUCUUUUCUCCGGGAUAAUGAAAGUUUGAUCUAUAGAUUAUGUUUUAA